AUGAUUACCUCCAGCGCACCCUCGGCGCAUGAAGCAAUGCCAACUAAUCAAAAUCUGGAGCCUCAAACUGGUCCUUCCGAGCCCGUUGACUUAGUAGAUAACAAUGAUGCUAUAGAAGAAGAGACCUUGCAUUCGUGGUUCCCUGCCACUUGUCCAGGUUUCGAAGCCCGUUGUGGUGAUGUAAAAAGGCUCGUAAAGGAAGAUCUGGAGGAUCCCCACAGAAGGAAGCACCUGGAGUCCUUCAGAAAGUGUAUGCAAGAAUGGGAAACAUAUGACCCAGGCGUGAAGAAUGAAAUGCAGGACGAGACUGCGAGCGCCUUUCUCGCGGAUUUGCUUAAGAUGAAGCCCAAAACAAGCAGAGAGUUCGAUGCUGCUAUGCAAUCCCUUAGGAAAAAGUACAAGGUUGCGCCAGCUAAAGCGCAGCUGGUGACUGCGUACAAUCGUUUCAUUGCUGCAGAGGCCAAUCUCGAGCAAUGCCAAGGGGACGCGUCUCUGGGUUUAUGCAACCAGGAAGAAACGGAAUUUGGGGGCCCUGCAAACCGUCUGCGCGAUCCAAUGCUAGAGAGCUUGAUGCGAAGAAAAGCCGUGCGUACAAACAGUGGCGUUAUUGUGAUUACGGUGCUGACGGCACCAGGGCGUUUUUCCUGCCCGCAAGACUGCCACUACUGUCCAAAUGAGCCGGGGCAACCGCGAUCGUAUCUAUCAACUGAACCGGCAGUGCUGCGAGCAAACCAAAACGGGUGGAGCCCCCUGAAACAGUUUAAAGACAGAGCAGAGACGCUAAAGCGGAAUGGCCAUGUCGUUGACAAGAUUGAAAUUCUUGUUCUUGGAGGCACGUGGAGCGGAUAUCCCCAAGACUACCAGGAGGAGUUCAUCCGCGACAUCUACUACGCUGCUAAUGUCUUCGGAGCACCAGAGCCAGUUCGGCAACCCCUCUCCUUAGAAGAGGAGCAGAGCCUAAAUGAGACAGCGGACUGCCGUAUUGUAGGACUAACUUUGGAAACUCGACCUGACUUUAUUACACGCUACGAGUUGCGCCGGCUACGACGUUUUGGAUGUACUCGUGUCCAGAUUGGCGUGCAGCACGUGGAUGACAAUGUGCUGCAGUACAUCAACAGAGGCUGCACUCGCAGGGACGCAAUAAAGGCUAUCCGAAUGCUCAAGGAUGCGGGAUUCAAGGUGGACGUGCAUCUUAUGCCAGAUCUGCCAUCGAGUAACCCAGAUUUAGACCGCCAAAUGUUUCACUAUGCGCUCUGCUCCCCCGAUCUCCAAGCAGACCAGUGGAAAAUAUACCCGUGUGAAGUGACGCCCUUUUCAACGAUAGAGCAAUGGUAUAAGGAGGGGAAGUUUGUUCCAUAUGCAGAUACAGACGGGGAUACCUUAUUAUCCCUUAUUUGUUCUGUCAAGGCAGCAGUACAUCCGUGGAUUCGACUAAAUAGAGUGGUGCGAGACAUCCCAAACCAAUCUAUCAUUGGAGGAAACAGCAUCACAAAUCUCCGACAAGAGCUUUCUAGAGAGCUCCAACACCGCCACUUGCGUUGCAGAUGCAUUCGCUGCCGCGAAGUCAAGGACGCGCAGUUCGAUUUGGGCGUCACGGAGGUUUGCAUUUUCAUGAUUGUCUGCAGUAUCGCGGAGCUGUGCAUUCGCCGCUACGAAACAAAUGGAGGCGUGGAGUAUUUUGUGUCUUUUGAGACACCCGAUAGGAAGACAAUAUUUGGAUUUCUCCGGCUAAGACUUCGUGCGCGGCGAAGCUCAAGAGACUGUCCUUUCAGCGUAUUGAAUGGCGCAGCACUGCUGCGAGAGUUGCACGUGUAUGGGUGUUUAGUUCCGCACGGAGAAGCAAAGAGCAGCGGUGACUUAAGACCGCAGCACGCUGGAUUUGGCAGACGCUUGAUACAAGCAGCAGAAAUUUUGGCCUUGGCCAACGGGUACCACCGCAUGGCUGUGAUAGCGGGUAUCGGCUCGCGGGAGUACUACCGCAUGAGUGGCUAUCAGGUGGACGAUACAUACAUGGUAAAAGACUUGACAGUUUCGGGUCUCCAUGCAGGCCGGGAGGACUUGCUUGCGGAUCGGCCCAAGCAGCUCUUGAUUGAAUGGCAAGACAUGCAGCGAGCUGCUGCAACAUUGCUCCUUCCGUUGCCACCUAGGGAACCUAUAAGAAAGGUUAAGGGUAGAAAAAUGGAGCGUAGGAAGUUUCGAGCUAGCAGGAAACCGGCAGUGCAGCCAGAGGUGUCUUCGGCUGACGUUGCAACGCCGUACCAGGAAACGAAGGAGGGAGCAACAGCGUUUCAGACAGAGUACACGACGACCGUUGAGGUUAUUGACGUUACUUCGUUGUUGCAAAGGCUACAGAACAGCAAGCCAAUACAGUCUGGUUCCAUCGAAACGCCUGCCAUGUUCGCUGACAGAGACACAUUUGCGGAGCACUGCAAUAUCUUUGCCGCAUUGCAGCAGGCAGGGAAGCCCAGUACAAGCAGCAAAUCUUCAUCUCCAUUGUCUCCAUUCUCGGCCGCUUUAUUAUCCAUUAGGCAAGAAGCAACUGCAGCGAUCAAGACACACCUUUUUUUCGUCGCCACAGUCACGGGCGCGGUGGCUGCAGGGCUUCUAUGGUUCGCGGCUAGGAGAAGACAUUAG